CGUACUUUAACCUUUAACCUCUAUAGAUAGGCUGAUAGACGAUAGCCCGAAAUCUUGAUCAUAUUUAUAUUCCUAUAUACAUAGUGGUAGAUAUAAUACAACAAUAUUUUGUUAUAUAGUUAUAUAUUAUAAUAGUAGAUAUAAAUUAUAGCAUGAUUUAAGCCCAAAUUUUGGAUUAUCUAUAUUGUACAAUUAUUGAAUGAUAUUUCUUGCAAAAAUAAUACAAAUAUGAAUCAAGCCAGAAUUUCUAAUAUAGUUUCUAAAUUAAAUUAUAAAAUACAACCAAAAGCUCGGAGAUUAAAAAAUGUUAAUGGUCCAGAAGGAAGAAUAUUUAAAUUACAAAAAACUUUAACUGCUCUUUUAAAAUAUGAAAGGAUAGAACUAAACUAUAAUCGAGCUGAUGAGACAAGAGGUUAUAUUGAACAACUUAUAUCUAAAGUUAUGCAAAAUGGUUGUAACAAAAAUAUGAUGGAACUAGCAGACUAUUGGAUCUUGGAAAAACAGUUAAUUCAUAAAUUAUUUAAUGUACUACCUUCAAGAUACUGUGGAUCGACUAUAUAUACUAACUUAUAUCACUCCCCUCGAGAGUUUCCAGGAAUCCACUACAAGCGGGCAGUAUUAGAACUUAAAGGAAACCCAUUUCCAAGCAUUGUAACGCAUUCUACAGAUGGAGGUUUGCUUAUACAAAAUGUACUCUUAAAUCAAGCUAAAAAAGAGUAUAGCUCUCGACAAUAUGAAAAAACAGCAGAAAAUAUCACGAAUACGUAAUAAAAACAUAUGUACCCUGUACAAAUAAUUAUAAUACAGGAAUAUGCGCCCAGUAUAGAACUACUUAACGACUUUGGCUAUAACUUUCGAUUAGGACGGUGAAAACUACUCAACCUGGAGGAUUUAUUUGCAUGCUGUUAUAGGGACUUUUAAUACUCUGCGUAGCAAGGCCAUUAAAGCUAAUUUUUUGGAUAUCGAAAAAGUGUCACCCGGUUUGGAACGCCAUUGAUAUUUACAAUAAUUACAAUAUGUAUACAACGCCCUCUUCAGCGGCGGCUUUUGCAUUGCGUUUUUUGCGGUAAGAGAGCUCUCUGCGUGCGGAAAA